CUUUUAUCUGUGGAACACAAAAAGGAAGUUUUAAAGAAUAUCUUGUUUGGUAUUUUCUAUGUAUUUAAUGAUGGUGCACUGAAGUUGUUAAACUUCAAAAAACAAUUAUUUAACCUAGUUGUUUUUAACUGAAAUUUAAGAAAUUAGUUGUGAAUUUAUAAAAAAAUGUGUUGUCUGUUUUGUACAAGAAACUUGACUAUUAAUUGUAGUGGCAAUGGCGACCUCUAAUGGUCAGAAGGUGUUCCACCAUUCGCUGCAUCUUGUCUUUUCAAAAACUACUUGGUACAGACUUGUAUUCAUUGUUUGUUGUCGUUGGAAUAUAUUGGUUUUAUCGUGAAGUUUGGAAAAAGUGCUUAAAAUAGGGUGGCUCUAUGUGCCAUUUAUAGGGGAAAUGUCCUGGUCAUGAUUUUAUAUUGCCUAAAACAUCCAAAGUAGUUUGACCAAUAAGAUGCAGGUAUUGUACAUAAUCGACCAAUCGUGGAGCGUAGCGCCUGAGAAGGUAAGAACGAUCAAAGAACGCACGUGUUCGUUCCACUUGAAGCUGCACAACGAUCAUUACACCGAAGAAGCGCGAGAGCGAUUUAUCUAUAAUUGCGAAAUAUCGUCAUACAUCGAUCGAUCUACACUGUGCUAACAGACUAAACCUGGUCAUUUAAGGCAAGCUAGAAAUCCUGACAAGGAUGCGUCCCAUAAACAUAGCCCGUAUGGGCACCCUAGAUCCCUAGCUUAAAAUCGAUGAAUACUAAUUGCGGCACGUGACUUCAGGUGUGGCGGUUUGAGGAAGUCAAGGUAGAGACUCUACCCAACUUUGGCGGUCAUAGGUUGCUUUUUUCUUGUUCAACAAAGGUAAAAAUAAAACGAUUUCGCAGACCCUUCAGUUUAAAACAACAGGAAGGAACUCUGGAACCGGAAAAGCUGGAUGAAGCCUGUAAUUAACGUCCAGGGAGAGCGCCUUUAAGUCCGCGGUGGCCACACAACUAUCUUUUGUUUAUUUCAGGGAUAUUUCUAAAACAUAUUCUUUAUUUCGUUAUUAUUAUUUUUGAAACCUACAAUAUUAAUGAGCACUGGUCUGCGUGCGCUCUUAGAUAAACCUCCUGUAAGUUAUUUGCGUGAGAGGUGGUGGAUCAGAAGAAAGGGAAAUGGGCGAUAAUGACAUCGAAGAGCAGGGCAGUUUUCGCGAUCAGAACGAUGAAGAAGAUGAUAAUCGAGGAAAUCCCAAGAGAAGAGGUCGGAGGGUCGAGAAGUAUCACAAGCAUGUUUCCAAAUGGAUGCUUCCCGAGGAGUUGCGGGAGACGUAUCUGGAGCGCGCGAACUGCUGUCCGCCACCAAUCUUCAUCAUCCUCGUCAGUUUAGCGGAGUUGGGAGUGUUUAUCUACUAUGCAGUAUGGAAGCCUCAAAAGCAGUGGGUAACUCUGGGAACAGGGAUAUGGGAGAGUCCUCUUACCUAUAAGCCUGAUCACCGCGAGGAGGCUUGGCGGUUUCUAUCCUACAUGUUUGUACAUGCCGGUGUGGAGCAUAUCUUGGGAAACCUGAUAAUGCAGCUCUUUUUGGGCAUUCCCCUGGAGUUGGUGCAUAAGGGCUUUGAAGUGGGCAUGGUCUACAUGGCUGGGGUCCUUGCAGGAUCUCUCGCCAGCUCCAUCUUUGACCCUUACAGUGCUCUUGUGGGUGCUUCGGGUGGUGUUUAUGCCCUCAUGGGAGGUUACUUCAUGAAUGCUGUGGUGAACUUCAGGGAGAUGAUGCCACUUCUGGGAGCCUUUCGCAUCUUAGUAAUUGUUCUGAUUGUUGGAACAGAUGUUGGAUUUGCUAUUUAUAGAAGGUUCAUUACCCAUGAGGUUGGCAUGAAGGUCUCCUUUGUGGCCCAUAUUGCUGGUGGGGUAGCAGGCAUGACCAUUGGUUAUGUGUUUUUCACCAACUACAGUAAAGCGCUUCUGAAGGACCCACGCUUCUGGCUGUGCAUUGUGGGAUACAUCGCAUUCUUCUUUUUUGCCAUCAUUUUCAACAUCUUCUUGUCCCCAGCACCUGCAUGAGGAGCAUGUGUGUGUUCAAAUAUUGCAUUCGUUCACAACGGACAAUCAUAGCUUUUUAAAAAGGGGAAGGUCUCAGGUCAAUUUCAGAAAAUCCUGUUGGUUUUUAAAGACUCUUAAGGUUGUAUGCUUCUACACUACAUAGUAAAUAGACAGACUCAUAAAAUUCUGUAAUUCAUAUCCAAAUAUUCUUUCGGUUUUGUUUAAAUGCUUACUCAUAAAGUCGUUUCUCAGGAACAAAGUCAAGUUUAAUAUUGUAUUUUGUAUUCAUAUUUGGUGGGGCCAUUUAUUUUAUAUUCACAAGAUUAUUGAGCCCUUUUCCAGAGUAGUCUACAACUUGCUGUCAUUUUAUAAAACUCAAUUUACCAACAUUUUAAAUGCAUUUCUAAUUUUUUAUACUAUUUGAUAUGUCAUCAUAAUACCAGUAGAGGGCAACACUCAUCAAUAUGAAGACAGUCCUCAACCUGAGGUCACAACAAUGUAGUUUAAUUGCGGUAUUGCAUAAGUUAUAGACCUGUAAUCAAUAGAAAAUUGUGUCAAAUCAUUGAGAAUAAUAUGCAUCUGCAGUUACCUUGGAUUUUUAUCUUUUAUUAUCACUUCAUCAAGAUUCAGAAAUGAGUAUAAGAUUGGACAUGUGGUGACUUGAAGAAUCGUGUCAAUAAAAACAAAUAUUUUAAAAACAUUUUAAAA